CAAUUAGCAAAUAAAGUUAGAAAGCUUAAAAGAAAGCCAAGGUGAUUGUGGUGCUACAUUUAUCACAUACCUUCUUGGUGGACCCCAUAUUCUCACUCACUCAAUUCUCUAAAUCUUUUUUAUUUUUAAUAUAUUUUUUUUUCUCCUACUCCUUCUCUCACUAGAACUCCACUACUACAAAUAGCCCCCCUUCCCUUCCCAUCUUUUCUUAUCAGCAAGCCAAAACACAUAACACCUCAAAACCCCUCUGUCUCACUCACUUACUCUCUUAGUUCUUUGUGCGGCCCCUUCAUUCUUGUUUUGAUAACAAGUAACAACCUCUAACACCAUGCCGGUAGCAGCAAUUCACAGUGCUCCGGGUUUUCCUUCUUUCACUGAUGUUUGGACUGCAAUACAAGCUCAAAACACGGCCAAAGUCAUCGCCGUGGCUACAACAAAUCUAUUCCACCGUUCACUGGGCCAGUUCAGCCUUGAGACAUGCACUGAAAGCCUCGGUUCCGAAACCGGUUCUGAUGUAUUCUACUCUGACUCUGACAUAGAAUCAUUUUCCUCAUUCUCCGACGUCUCUGACGUCGGCGAAGAGGAAAAGGAACCUGAAAAACAAUUACAACCAAGACAUGAUGAUGAUGAUGAUGAUGAUGAUGAUGAUGCUGAAAAGCUACUAACGGUAAAUUAUCACUGUUCUAUAAGUAAAAAAUCUCCGGUGAGGUCAUUCCCUCCUCCUCUGCCUUCAAUCUCCCGCCGUGAUGGACCCUGUCUGAGCAUGCGGCCACAUCGCCGUGACGGCAGACUUGUUAUGGAAGCUGUUCAGGUCCCUUCCCAAAACUAUCUCCAUGCUGAACGCCAUGAUGGCCGCCUUCUUCUCUCUUUUGUCCAUUCCUCUUCCUCCACCACCACCACCACCACCACCACAACAACAACAAUGAAACAAACACAAGAAACACAACUGACAAUGGAAGAAGAAGAAGAACAAGAAGUGGCAAAGAUUGUGGAGGAAGAAAACAAAACCUGUGCUGAGCAAGAAGAGGAAGAACAACAAGAAGAAGUGGAAGUUGUUGAUAGAGGAACAGUUGUAGAAUUGAAGAUGAGCACACAACCGCACCGUUCUUCCUUUGUGAUCAAUAAGUUUGUUGGUGGUCUGCCGGAACCUCAAGAACCAUUACUGUCGCCGCUGUCGACAAAUAUGAAGAUAAACUAUGCAUAUGAGUAUGAUGAUGAUGAUGAUAAUUCUUGUGAAAAUUCACUGAAGAUCAGACAAACACCAGAAAACAAGAUGUUAUUCAUGUUGAAAGGCCGGAACAGGGGAGAACUACUACACCGGUGUAGCCACCUUUGGAGGCCUCUAUUGAUCUGGGAACCUUACUGCAUUGCAACCUCUUCCUGAAUCCUAACCACAGAGAUCUCUAUCUAUCUAGCUAGCAAUCUAUCUAUCUAUCUAUCUAUUUAAAUCCGUGCAAUUCACUAUCAACCUUAUCUUAUCAUCAUUUUCAGUUUAAUCUUUCAUCUGAAUGCCAAUUUUUUUUGUUUUGUUUUGUUUUGUUUUACCAAAGUUUUAUUGAGAGAUAUUAUUAUUAAGUAAGGUUUAUUUAUGAUUAAUGUAAUCAAAUAUGAAAGUGAGUUGGGUGGAAGGGUGUACCAGGAUUUGGGAUUGUGUUUGGAUUAGUGGAAACCACAGAGGCCCACAGGAGUGUUAAGAACUCUUAA